AUGAAAGCAAAGCGUCUGAAGUGGGCUAAACAGUGGUGUGAUAAGGAUGUGGACUUCUGGAGAUCGGUAUACUUCAGCGAUGAAAGCACGUUUGAAAUUUUACCUAACAAAUCUCAGUAUAUGCACCGUCGAACAGGAGAAAAAUUUGAUCCCGACUGCAUUAUUCAGACCUUAAAACAUGCAACUAAGGUGAUGAUUUGGUCCGUCAUCUGUGGCAAAGAUGCUGGGAAGCUGGAUGCUACUGUGAGUCCUGACUUGUUGAAGGUCACCACCAUUACCGGUUCCAGUAAGUGGAAGGUCGUCAUCGUCGUCGCUUCUGCCUUUGACAGGGCCCAGCUUGUUGAAGGUCACUGA